UCUCUCUCUCUCCCUCUCUCUCUCUGGAAAUGGUCUUAGUUGAUAACAACGGUGAAAAAGAUGACGGCGCUAUGGUCGAUUUUCACGGAAAUCCGGUCGACAAAUCAAGAACCGGCGGAUGGCUAGCAGCAGGGCUUAUCUUAGGAACCGAACUUUCGGAGCGGAUAUGCGUGAUGGGAAUAUCGAUGAAUAUGGUGACGUAUUUGGUGGGAGAGUUGCAUCUCUCUUCUGCUGAAUCUGCAACCAUUGUCACUAAUUUCAUGGGAACCCUCAAUCUUUUAGGCCUCCUCGGUGGUUUCGUCGCCGAUGCUAAACUCGGCCGUUAUUCGACCGUCGCUAUUUCCGCAUCUAUUACAGCUUUGGGAGUAACAUUAUUGACAAUAGCCACCACAAUCCCAAGCAUGAGGCCACCAACAUGCAACUCAAGAGUAGGAUCACCGCCGCAAGACUGCAUCGCCGCCACCGGCCGCCAGCUAGCCCUACUAUACGCCGCACUCUACACCAUCGCCCUCGGCGGCGGCGGCAUCAAAUCCAAUGUCUCCGGCUUCGGCUCCGAUCAAUUCGACACGUCGGAUCCGAAAGAGGAGAAGGCCAUGGUGUACUUCUUCAAUAGAUUCUACUUCUGCAUAAGCCUCGGCUCGCUUUUCGCGGUUACGGUUUUGGUGUACAUACAAGAUAACGUGGGGAGAGGGUGGGGCUACGGAAUAUCGGCCGGCACUAUGGUUUUUGCCGUUGGGGUUUUGAUAUUCGGGAGGGCGUUUUAUCGGUUUCGAAUUCCUAAGGGAAGCCCGUUGACCGUGAUUUGGAGAGUGUUGUAUUUGGCUUGGAAGAAGAGGAGGGUUGACUAUCCUUCACAAGUCAAUAUGUUGAAUGAGUACUACAAUGCAAAGAUUCCUCAUACUGAGAAAGUUAGGUGUCUAGACAAAGCAGCAAUCUCGGACGACACCGAAACAACAACAAACGACGAAAAGGUCAACUCCUCCCGGUCAGUCUCGACAGUCACCCAAGUCGAAGAAGUGAAAAUGGUACUAAUGCUCCUUCCGAUAUGGUCGACCUCAAUCCUCUUCUGGACGGUCUACUCCCAAAUGAACACCUUCACAAUCGAACAAGCCACAUUCAUGGAUCGAAACCUCGGCAGUUUCGAAAUACCGGCCGGUUCUUUCUCGUUCUUCCUCUUCAUCACAAUCCUCCUCUUCACUUCCCUCAAUGAACGCCUCUUCGUCCCGAUCGCCCGUAAAAUCACGCGGACCCCACACGGAAUCACGUGCCUCCAGCGCGUCGGAACGGGGCUCGUUUUCUCCGUAAUCGGAAUGGCCGCAUCCGCUCUAGUCGAGAAAAAACGGAGGAAUGAUUUCGUUCAAGACGGCAAAAAUGUUAGGAUAACGGCGUUUUGGCUCGUGCCGCAGUUUUUUAUUGUGGGGGCCGGUGAGGCGUUUGCGUACGUGGGCCAGCUCGAGUUUUUCAUUAGGGAGGCGCCGGAGAGGAUGAAGUCGAUGAGUACCGGGUUGUUUUUGAGUACGCUUUCGAUGGGGUUCUUCGUUAGUAGCUUGCUUGUUUCUUUGGUUGAUAGGGUGACGAAUGGGGAGUGGUUGAGGAGUGAUUUGAAUAUGGGGAAAUUGGACUUGUUUUAUUGGUUGUUGGCUGUCCUUGGUGUGGUUAAUUUCUUGUUUUUCGUCGUCUUUGCCAUGAGGCAUCAGUAUAAGGUGCAAAAUUACGGCGGCGGUGGCGGUGAUGGUGGUGUUGGUGGUGGUGAGGAAGAGAUGAAGAAGCAUAAUGAGGAGAUUGUGAGGAUUGAUGAAGAUAUGAAGGUUGUUGCUAUUGCAACAGAGGAGCCUUGAGGUUUAUUGGGGAGAUAUGUUAUAUUCUUUUUUCUUACAAGUUUGUGUAGUACUUGUUGAAAUUGUUUGUCCAAAUUGGAGUUCAAGUUGGUGCAAUCUGUGCUUGCAUAAGAUAAAGUGAUUGUUUCUAAAUAGUAAAUGUUCUUUUUUUUUAAGAUUAA